GCUGGCCCUUUAAAUCGCACACAAGGGCAGCCAGGCAGCCCUCCGGUGUGCUGGGUUUGGAGACCAGCCUUGGCCUCGUUGCACCUCCCUCUCUCCCUCUAUGGCACUUCCCGAAGUGGAUCAUGGCUUCAUUGGCCAGCUGCUGGUGGACUGUGAGGAGCCUCUCAACCUAUGCACAGAGAAGAUGCAACCCCCUUCUCCCUAUAACUGGAGUGGUGACUGGAGCUUUUGGAUUUCAACUCCCACUUACAAAUACAGAAAUGAGGAAUUCAAGAGACAAUUUUCACAUCUGCCAGAUUUGGACAGGCUUGUUGUAGAUUACGCCUGUGCCCUCCAGAAGGAUAUCCUCCUUCAAGGACGCCUGUAUCUCUCCGAAAACUGGCUGUGUUUCUACAGCAACAUCUUCCGAUGGGAGACCACGAUUUCUAUUGCAUUGAAAGAUAUAACCUUCAUGACCAAAGAGAAGACAGCUCGGCUCAUCCCAAACGCCAUCCAAAUCGCUACUGAAGGAGAGAAGUUUUUUUUCACUUCAUUCAAUGCCAGAGACAGAAGCUACCUCCAUAUAUUUCGAUUAUGGCGGAAUGCACUGUUGGAAAAGAAACUAACAAAACAGGAAUUUUGGCAGCUUGUGCAGCAAAGCUAUGGUUCUGAGCUGGGUUUGAACACAGAAGAGAUGGAAAACAUUUACUUGGCAUCUGAGGAGAAUGAACUAUCAAGGUCUAGCCUUUGCGAUGAAUCUGGGGAGAAGGAGACAUCUAAAGCAGAUGGCGUAAUCCAAGACAGCAUUGCUCAGAUACUUGAAGCUGAAACAGAAUCGCUUAAGGAAAACACAUUGAGAGAGACAGUAGAUCCAGAGGACUCUCCCUAUGAUAAGCUGGAGAAGAAGAAUUCUCAGUUGUCUUCAGAAAGGAAAGCAGCUGAGGUAGCGCAACGGAAAUGUUCAGUACAAUCCUUCGAUAUAAUUGAGAAUUUCUCUCAGGAGAAGAGCAGUGCCUCAGAAAGUGAUGGAGAAGUUGAAGAAAUCAUACUUGAGAAUGAUCUCCAUGGAAGACUCUUCAUUAAUAGAAUUUUUCACAUUGGUGCAGAAAGGCUAUUUGAAAUGCUUUUCACCAAUUCCCUUUUCAUGCAGAGAUAUCUCAGCACCAGAAAUAUAACAGAUUUUGUAUCAACUCCCUGGAACAGUGAAAGCGGAGGCAAUCAACUACGGACCGUGACUUAUACUAUUGUUUUUAACAGUCCACUUCUUGGAAAGUCCACAGCUGCAACAGAAAAGCAGGUCCUUCUUAAACGAAGCCACAAAGAUCAAUCAUAUCGGAUAGAUGCGGAGGUGACGACGCAUGACGUGCCUUACCAUGAUUACUUCUACACUGUGUAUAGUUACUGUAUCACCCCUGUAUCCAGUCAGAAAUGCAGACUCCGGAUUUCCUCGGAUGUGAAAUAUAAGAAACAACCAUGGGGCCUUGUCAAGAGUAUAAUAGAGAAAAAUACGUGGAAUGGGAUACAGGGAAAUUUUAAGCAACUUGAAUCUGAAUUGCUAAUUGAGGAAUAUACACUCAACAAACCAACAGAAGACCCAGCAAAGCUAGGUGUUUUGAGGCGGAGGAGGUGGACUUUACAGCGGAACAUGGGAGAGAUAGUUCCUAAACGCUCUGCACAUUAUUCUUCUGGGGAAGUGGUUGUGCCUUCUUCUCAUGGAGAUGCAGGACCAAAAAGGGAUGCUACAAAUAAGACCAUCACCAUCAUAGUGGUAAUGAGCAUCUUUUUGCUCUUGCUGGUUCUGCUGAAUGUGACAUUAUUCCUGAAAUUGUCUAAGAUUGAAUAUGCAGCUCAGUCAUUUUACCGUGUUCAUGUUCAAGAAAAGGGAUCAGCAAAUGUACUCCUUGAUGUGGCUGCAAGAGAAAAAAGCUCUAAUCGCAAGUCAGACCAAGUCCAGCAGGUGAAAAGGGUAUUGAGGGACUCUAUAACAUUGCUUGAGCAGUUGAAGAAUUCCCUUUAUAUGCUCCAAAGCAGUUUUGAUCACCUAAACAAGACUAGGAUCAGGAAGCCUGAAAACUGAUUUCACCUAACUAAGGGAAAGGAAGAUACGUGGAUGAAGCUAUAUACAAUGAGACUGUUUAUUUUUCUUACGUUUCUCUUCAGCAGCCAUUUGCACUUUUUACAAACCUCCCUCUUACAUUACCAAAAAAAGCACACAUUUCUAUCAAAAGGGUUUUCUUAGCCCAUUUAAAUGUCAGAUCUUUCUUUGUGACUAUUUUUCUAAACUGUGAAUUCUUUGUGUGAAUGAUAAAGAACACUGGGUGUCUGGUAAUUAUACGUGGAAGAAUGUGAUAAAAUGUAAAUUCAUCUCAGACAAAGUUGAAGAAACAUUAUAAAAGAUGCAAAAGAAGAUUGCAAAGGUUGUUACACCCACAACUUCUCCAUAUGUCAUCUAAAUUCAUGUGACAACUCUUCAGAAAGUAAAGUUCUAUACCAAUGUUUUAAAUAGCUGUCUGUUUUCCUUAUAUGUCUUUCUCUGUUUCACAGUCACCAUAACACCACUUCCUUCUGUCUACUGUCAUUUCAGUUCUCCUGGUUUCUCAGGGAAUGUUGAAACCCAUAUUGGAAAGGCAAUCAUUGUAUUUACUUGAUUUGUAUAAUACUGGAGUACAGGGAGACGUCUUUGUAAAAAAUAUGUUUCACGGGUUACGCACUUCAAGUCAAUCUUUUGUUCUUUAGUUUGGUUAUAUUUAUUUUUAAGCACAGAUGAUAACUGUACUUUGUAAGUACUACUGGGAAAACUGCCUUUUCCUUCUUUAGAUUAAAAAAAUUGUUAUCAGACACUGGAGACCAAGCUUUCUAAAGUGGAUUUUUCCAGAAACAGAACAAACUAAAUGUGGCACAAAGAAGAGUGUGAACUCAAAUAGUAGUCAUGACUAUCCUGUACAUUUGUUGAAUGUUCAGUUGGGAGGGGUUUGUUUUUCACUUGCCUUUGAUCUAAAGUGCCUUUGUCACUGUUUGUAUUGGAAACUGGCUUUAGCUGUUGGACCAAAACUAUGUACUUAAACCAGGCCUUUAAAAAAAAAAACACACACACAGAGGAGUACUAUUUAUGGUCUGUACAAAUAUACAGUACUGAACAAGUAUUGGCCAUAUAUGAUGUAGAUGGAAAUGUAUUGUAAUUGUUAAUGACAAACUAUGUAUUUCCCUGAAACAUAAAUGUAAAUAAUCAUCGGAACACCUAAUAAAAUGAAGGAUAAAUGAA